AAUGGGUGCCGCCUCAUUUUCCAAGUGAUACUUUCGGACUCAUGGUUGGCAUGUCAGUGAGAUUGAGCGACAGUCUGUGGAGACUGACACUUGGUUUCACCGGCUCAUAUCCCCAUCGGUGCGUACAGAGAUCCGCUUGUUCUUCAAUUACCUAGUGCAGGUGAAAGUUCACCGGUCCACUUGGAUUGAUGGUCUUCGCGGCCUUGCCGCACUCGAAGUCUUCAUCUACUUCCUCCAUUGUCGCAUGUUUGGCAAGGAUGUGGAUCGUACGUUUGGCUCAGAGGGCCGGACAUCUCAUCUUUGGCGAUUACCACUCCUUCGAAACGUCUAUGCAUCUGGCGAAGCUAUGCUCAAUACAUUGAUGAUGAUAUCCGGUACUGUCAUCACGUAUGGCUACUUGCGCAAGAACCGAGAUGGUGAAACAGAACGCAUCUAUACAGCCAUCCUUGGCAGUAUGUUUCGACGAGUGAUUCGACUUUACCUGCCUAUCCUCAUCCUCACAUUCAUCACCGCACUCAUGGUUGCCCUGGAUCUGCGUUACUAUGAAGAGCACGCAAAGGACAACUUCAUCAUGCAACUUUGGCAUUGGGCAAAAGCUAGCGUGGCGUUCUGCAACCCUUGGCGUAAGAUCGUGGUCCACUCUGAAAUGAGCCACGGCUACAAAUAUGGUACAUGGGCAGUGCCACUGUCAAUCUUUGCAAGCUUCGUCUGCUACUCGACCCUCUUUGUCGUGUCCUGGCUCAGUAAGGCUCGCUACCGUCUUGUCAUUGAGUUGGCUGUUCUCUACUACUACUUGUCGACUGGCACUUGGUGGACCAGCAAUUACCUCUUUGGCAUGCUGUUUGCAGAGAUUUUGCUUUGGCAGGAAUCUCGCACUGCAGAGGAGGCGCCAGAGACCAUCAUCACUGUCGCAACGCCACGAUUCUGGCUGCAAGGACUUUGGUGGAUCUUAUUUGUUGUGGCAUGGUACCUGUGCGGCAUGCCCUUCAAGGUUUCUAGAGCUGAGAAACACCUGCCUGGUUCCAACUGGUUCUUUGACCAUGUCCCGAAAGAAUUCAGCAAAACGGAACAUCUUGGUCGUUUCUGGCUUAUGCUAGGUGGUAGUCUGUUGGUGAUUUGCGUCUCCCAGCUACGAGUCCUUCGACGUCUUCUCGAGGGCCGAUUCCUACAGCAUGUGGGUAAACACUCGUACAUGCUGUUUCUCAUACAAACAGAUGUGAUUGAGCUCUUUGGUGAUCCACUCGCAUCCCUCAUCAAGCAUGAUGAUAUGGACAAUGCACCUCACGCAUGGCUUGUCUCUGGGUAUAUCCUCUAUUGCGCCACCAUGGUGCCAGUCACACUGUACGCUGCGGGUCUUGCCACCAAGUAUAUCUAUGCGCCUUGUGGGCGAUUAGGUGAGUUCUUGGAGAAGCAUGGCGUGAAUGAGCUGGUCAAAGCGUUCAAGGAGCUCAAACUCUUGUUCUUCAAAAGGAAGUGAUGGUUGCCUUUCAAGUGGCCCAGUAGCAAGCUAUAGUCUCUUUCGUGAUUGAGUCAUACAAUCCAUCUCGUGAUCUUUCAU